AUGAAUGGACCCGGGCAGUUUAUCGUUCUCUCGGAUAUGCUCGAGCAAACCCCCGUUACAGUCACCAAGGAGGCUUCGCACAAGGCAACUCCGGGUGCAGCUGAAGUGCCGGCGUCUGCGUCUGCUGCUGCUGGUGCGGAUGCCAGUGUGGGUGAGGUCGCUGCUGCUGCUUCGCAUGGUCACAAUAAAGGGCGAGGGAAUGGGAGCAAGGGAGGAGGUGGGGGGAGGAAGAAAGGGGGCAGAUCCAACGGUCACAUCAGAGCGGAGGGAGUUUCAAAGACAGCAAGACAAGCGGGGGAGGAAGUUGUGGAGGUAGUACCGAGACAGCAGGACGAGCAGCCUUGCACACUCAGGACCGACGGCUUUCCGGUGGACAAGACCGGUUCGCCGCAGCUCGUUGGGAAGCCUAAGGAGUUGUCAACGGGUCCUCCUCUUCCCGCCAUCUGCUUCAAGCGGUGUGAAGGCAUGUGGACGCGGCUGGGGCGGCAGCAGUGGGCAGCUGGGCGAAUCGAAUCCGCCAUCAGGCUCUUUUCCUCCUCCUCGCCUUCUCCGUCUCCUUCGGCACAGCAGGAGGUGGGGGGGCUAGCAAAGCAGGCAGGUUGUUCUAUGGGGGAAAAUUUGUGCCUCGGAGUGCUGGUAGCAGCACCCACAGCAGGGGUGGUGGUUGAAGGAAGGUUACCACAGGUUGGGGGAGAAGGAAGGCUGUCACAGGCAGGAGUGGGGAUGCAUGACAGAACAGGCACCGGUGCUGCUGCUGCUGCUGCUGCUGCUGCUGCAGAUAGUGGCAGUAGUGGUGGCAGUGGGAAUGAGAGUAGAGUUGCGGAGUGCCUGGCGCUGUCUCGAGUGGAGAGGGUGGAGCGGUGGUGGAGGGAGAAGCAGGGCGCUGGGGGCGCGGAAGCAAAGGCGCUUCAGGGCGCCGUGUGCCUUGCAGCAAAGGCUGAGGCUCUGUCAACUGUGAGGCAAGCGGAGGCAGCGCGCGCGCACUUCUCCCAGCACCAUCUCAUCCACAUCAUCCACCGCAACAGAGCCUAUCUUGCUCUGUCAACAGCGAGGCAAGCCGAGGUAGCAAGGGCGCACUUCUCCCAGCACCACCUAAUCCGCAUCAUCCACCGCAACAGAGCCUCCUUUCACCCCUCACUUCUCGCCGCCCGCCACUCUGUCUCCCACAACCUGUGCUCGGCCACUCACAGCAGCAGCAGCAGCAGCAGCAGCAGCAGCAUCGUCGGUCCUGCUACUGGGACCAACAUGGGCUGUGCCACUGACAGCAGCAGCAGCAUCAUGGGUUCUGCUAAUGGCGCCAUUAGCACCCACGCCACCUCGAGCACCAGCCCGCAUGCUCUCCUUCUGGACGGUCUCUUUCUGAACCCCUGCUCCCAGUGCGGCCCACCCAUUCCCUUCUCCUCCCUCUCCUGGGACCGCCUUGGCCGCUCCCCUGCAGGGCCCUGGGUCGCCGGCCUCCUCGCCCUCAUGGACUUGGUUCCGCUCCUUGCUGCUGCCAGUGCUGGUCGUGGGGUGGGGGUAGGGGCAGGUGCUGCUGCUGGUGUUGGUGCUGGUGCUAUGCCCAAAUGGUGUGAAUCAGAGAAGCUGCUUCAGUCGUGCUGGGGUGCUGCCGCUGCCACUGCUACCUCCUCUUCUCCCGCUCUUCCCUCUCCUCCGCCCUCUGCUCCCUCCUCUUCCCCUCUCUCGUCUUCUCUCCUUUCCUCUCAACCCCCUUCCGUAUUCCCCCAAACCUUCCUAUCCCCCCUCACGGAAGCCUCGUCCGUGCUAAGCAGGGCGCGGAUUCGGAUUGCCUCUGCUGUUGAUGCUUCCCUGCGGACAGCCCUGCAGCAGGAGCUGCUGGAGGAAGAGAGGGGGAGUAAGGGCAGGGUGGGAGGAGAGGGGAAGGGACAGGGGGAUGGUGGUAGCAGCAGCUGCAGCGGUGGGCAGAGCAAGGGGCGGAAGCGGAAGAAGAGGAAAGGGAAGGGGAAGGAUGGCAGCGCAGCAGAUGCUUCUGUCAUCAUACUCUCUUCUGUCAGGGUUACGGAAGUGGAGAGUAUGGAGCGCUCGGGUGGCAGAGAAGAGAGUGAAGUGGAGGGUGCAGUGGUGGGUGGGGAAGAGGGACGAAUGGCACUGGCGGGCAAUGGCAAUUUGCCUCCAGUGGUGCAGCAGCAGGGUAGUGAGCCUGUGAGUGCGCCUCGUGCCUCUGAUGGUCUGCGGGGAUCACUGCACGGUGGUGGAGAUGAUGGUGAUGCUGGUGAUGCCAGUGAGUGGCGUCUGGUGUGUAAGAAAGGAGCAGCAAGAGGCGGUGGAGGCAGCGGCAAUGGCGGCAGCGGCGGUAGCGGCAGCGGCAGUGGCGGUAGCGGCGGUGGGGAUUGCAGCCAAAGGCAACAACAAAGGCAGGGGAAAGGGGUUGGAGUUGGAGGAAGCAGGGGUGGAAAGAAGGAGGUGACUCAUGCGUGUUCUUCACCUCCUGCUGCCCCGCACCUUUCAACUUCUCUUUCCGCCACUGUGCCUUCCCUGCAUGCAUCAGCAGCAACUACAGCAGCAUCAGCAGCAACAACAGCAGCAUCAGCAGCAACAACAGCAGCAUCAGCAGCAGCAACAGCAGCAGCAGCUUUUACAGCAGCAGAGUCCCUGCCCAAGCCACCAGCUUCGCAUGUCAGCAGCACUGCCAGCAGCAGCCUGGUCCGUCCCUCUCAGAGCUCUUCCUCUCCUACCAAUCUCGAUCUCUCGCUCUCAGCAUUCCCCCCUCUCCCCCUGCUCCAGCUUCCCAAGGCCAGCCAAGCAACGGCCACAGACCCCUCCCAGGCCCUCCCGUUCCUCUCGCCUCUCAUGCGCCGCUCCCGGAGAGAAACAGAGCAAAACAUUCCCGCCCUCUCCUCCUCUCCACCUCACACAUCUUCCCCCUCCAGCCCCACGUCUACCUCCCCUGUAUCCCCCUCCCCUGCAUCUCCCUCCCCUCAGUCACUCGACACAGGCUCUAUCGCCCCUACCAGCAUGGGGAUAGAACCUCCUUGCAUGCACUCACAGUUAGUGCCUUCACCAGGUGCCCCUCCUGCCCGGACAAACGGGCCUGCAAUUGCCCCCAGCAGCGAUUCACAUGCUGGCAGGCAGGCACAGUUCGUGCCUUCACCAGAUGCCCCUCCGUUCUUCCCAGAAGGAGAGUCUCUAGAGCCUGUCCCAGUGCAACCACAACCCCAUCCGCCACAGCAGCAGCAGCAGCAGCAGCAGCAGCAGACCCUUCAGGAGCCUCCCUCUCAGCGCACCAUCAAAGCAGGCUUGCUAAGCCCUUGCCCCCCGCACUUGCACCCCCUUGACCUACACUCCCCUCACUUCCACCCCUCCAACUUCCAUCACCUCCCUCCUGACCUGCAUCCCCUGCACCCCGUGCUCCCCUCCUCUAUCUCCACCUGGGCUGCAGAGCCCGCCUGGUCACGCCCCUAUUACUACGACUGUCUCUCAAACACUGCCUUUGAGGCAGGCCCAGCUCCUAUACCACCACACGGCCCACACCCACCAUACUCCUCCUAUGAAUGCGGCUCAGACACUGUCUCGGUCGAUGACCCGUUCCACGCGUUUCACGCGCGCUACCCUGGUGUGUUGGGCCCGCCUAGGGACCUCCUCCACGUGCCAGAGCCCCCUCUCUCCUACCCCGCUCCCUCUCACACCGCACUCUCCCACCAUGUCUCUGGCUGGCACUCAGGCCAUCUUGCCCACAACCCUCACCCCCCCCAUCAUCCCCAUCUGCCUUAUUUUCCCAACCUUCCCCACCUGCCUCACCUACCCCAGAAUGCCAGUUGCGCUUCGUCAAGCCCUACCCAGGACCAGCUACACGGGCACCAUCCCUCCCAGCCCUCUGCUGGUGCCUCCCCCGCCGUCGCCUGCCCUCCCCCUCACAGCCUGCCUGAGCCAGUGGUUGUGGCGCCGCCUGUCGUCCCUGAGGCCGUUCCCAGGGAUGGGGAGGAGCGGGAGGAUGGGAGCUUGUUGGAAAGGGAGGAGGAUGCGGAUUUUGCAGUGGGGAUUGUUGAGGGAGGUGGGGUGGGGCUGGCAUCGGGUGGACAAGCAGGGCAAGCGGGGAUGGGAACGGAGACAAGAGAGGCGAAUGGCACAGGUAGGGGAGGAAUGGAGGGAGAGGGAGCAGCUGGUGUUGGCGAAAGGGAGGGGGAAGGAGCUGGUGGUGGUGGUGCUGCUGCUGCUGCUGCUGCUGCUGCUGCUGCUGCUGCUGCUGCUGCUGCUGCUGCUGCUGCUGCUGCUUCUGUAGGCCACCGUCAUCCUCCCCUGCGCAUCACUGUGCCCUUCAGGCGGGGAGAAGCGGAUGAAGCCAGGCGACCUAAUACCACUGGCAGAGACAGGACCGCCUCUGCUACAGCUGCCACAGCUGCUACUGCUGCUACUGCCGGCACGGUUGCUGCUGGUACCGUGAUAAAUGCUGAUGUUUUGACCAGUGCUGGUGAGCACGGUCGGCAGGGUGACGGGGAGUUUGAAUUCCAGGGCCAAGCUCCUCCUGCUAAUAGUGCUCCUGCUAAUAAUGAGGAUAACUCCAGUGAAACGGCAGUGCAAAGCCCAAGUACGCCCUUAUCCACACCCUCCAGGCGAUGCUCUUGUUGGGCUAGUAGCAAUAGAGCACGCCAGGAUGGGACGGACUGUGACGAUGGGGAUGGGGAUGGGGAUGGGGAUGCAGAGGGGGGAGCAGGUGAGGGGACCGAGGAAGGGGAGUCAGAGGACUGGUCUUUGGAGAAUUUCACAGAUGAUUCGUUAUUAGCAGGGGAGAAUUACCAGAUUCUGGAGGAGGAUUUUGCCGAGUUUGUAGGCGGUGCGGGCGACAGGGGGUAUUUCUCAGAGGAUGAGAGCAUUCCGCUGGUAGCCCAGCGAAGAGGGGUGUUUUACCCUCGAAAUUACCGCUCGGGGAAGGGCAUGUACGGAAAAGAAGGCAUGCAUGGAGCCAUGGGGCCUGCGGGAAUGGGGUGGGGUGGGGGGGUUGGAAUAGGGGCGAUACAAGGCCCGUCGGGACACAGAAUUCCAGGGAUGGGGGCGGGUAUGCUUGGGGGAGGUGCACCUGAGGGAGGUAUCCUUGGGGGUAGAGGCCCUGGUGGCAGCAGCAGAGGGACUGAAGGUACACGUGAAGAGACGCGAUUCUCUUAUGAUGAUAACGAUGUGGACUAUAGGAAUGUGUUUGGCGGAGGGGUGUUCUACUGGAACAUGGCGGAUUACCGUGGGGCCAGUGCAAGCGGGGGCGCCUCCCGCACGGGCUCGUCUCUCGGGUCGGAGGACAGCUCGUGGUUGAGACGAGAGGCGGAUGUGCGGUUGAUAGUGGAUGAUAUUGUGCUUGGGUUCCCCAUCUCAGGGUCGAUCUCAGGGUCGAUUUCUGGGUCGAUUUCAGGGUCGUAUCCGCCGGGUAUGGGUCUGUCGACUGCUGCGUCGACUGAUCGCUCGAGUAUUCCUUCGCCUAGCUCCACUGCCUCUGGCCCGUUCGACAUGCGCCACGCUUCUCUCUCCGCUGCUGCUCCUAGUGCUGGUGCCUCGAUUUCCGCUGCUGCUGCUGUCGGGGUUUCCGCUGCGGGUGCUGUGGUUUCUGGUGUGGUUUCACCACGUUUUGAGCUGGGCGGCGGUGUGGGGGGAGCAGCGAGAGGGGCGGGAGGAGGGAGCCGGCUAGUCUCGUCAGGAAGUGGAGGACUGGUGCUGUAUGGAGCUGGCACUACUGCUGCUGUUGCUGGCACAAGCAAUGCUGGCAGCGGCAGUGGCAGUGGCAGUGGCAGCGGCAGCGGCAGUGGCAGUGGCAGUGGCAGUGCUGGUGGUGCCAGCAGUGGCAGUGGCAGUGCUGGUGGUGCCAGCAGCGGCAAUGCGGGUGUGUUGAGUGGGCGUGGAGGGACACAACAGCAAGGGAGGCCACGGGGGAUGGGGUUGGCUCGGUCUGAGAGUGAUCCGGUGCGUGUUCAGGGGCAGAGGGGCAACGGAGCUGGUGCUGCAGUUGUCGUUCGGGUCACUGAUUCCCCUGCGCCACUGGCGGCAGCAGCAGCAGCACCACCAGUGGCAGCGCCAGCGCCCUCGGCAGCAGCAGCAGCACCAGUGACAGCCACCGCAGCACCAGCGACAGCAGCAGGACCUGCAGUGGCAGCAGCAGUUGCAGCAGCAACACCAGCAGCUACGACUCCAGCAGCAGCAGCAGCCCAAGGCUCUGAAUGUCCUGAGAUCCCUGAUGGGAGGGGUGAGAGUCCAGACAUUGAUCGUGGUGAGAGGGAGGGUGGUGAGCGCGCAAGGGACACUGGCAGUGCUGGCAGUGAGUGCGUCACUGCACAAGGGGAAGCGCAGAAGAGCAGCAGUGCGCAUCCUACCGGUGAAGCCGCUUCUGACACUGUCAGAAGCACCACCGACAACACCAAGCCUUUCGCCGCACCUACUCCCAUGCCUAUUCCCGAGCCCACGGCCGGUGCUGAUCCGGCUGCUUCGCUUAUGGAAGGGCAGGCAGCUGGUAGUGAUACAGGGCAAGGGGGGGCAGGGGUUGCAGCGAUUUCAGCUGCAGCUGAGGCCGGGGAAGAUGCAGGGCGUGGGAAUGAGGAGCAGGUGGAGCAGAGUCCUGGUGUGCCUGGUGGGGCAGGGGCGAGACCUGGGAGCUCUGGAGGGGAGGCAGGUGAGGUGGAGAGAGGAGGGUUGACAAACAGCAGCAGCACGUGCGGACGAGGGGAUGGGUAUGUGGAGGAGCCGACGGUUAGUCCAGGGUACUUCCGGGUGCGAUCCGGGAGCUCUAGUCCUAGGCACUGGGGUUUGCUACCUGGUAGUGCUCCGGGUGGCGUUGGCUUUGCUGCUGCUGCUGCUGCCGUGGCGGCAGCGAGAGAGGCGGUGAUGCUGAGAGAGAAUGCUGCUGCUGCUGCUGCUUCUGCUACUGCAGCUGCUGGUGCUGCUUCUGCUGCUGCUGCCGCGGCUGCGGCGGCGGUUGCGGCAGGGAUGGGGGGGGCGGUUGGGCUGCCUGUGGGUGGGCUUGGCGUGGGGCAGGGUGGGGGUGGCAGGGCCUUGUGGGGGUUACCCUCUCCUGCUGCCGCUGCUGCUGCUGCUGCCGCUGCUGCUGCAGCGGCUGCAGCGAUGGGUGGUGGUCAGGGGGUGAGUGAAGGGGGAGGAGGAGGAGGAGGUGGUGGUGGUGUUGCAGAGGGGCUGAUGGGAGGGGUGAGGGCGAUGGGGAUGGGAGGGAGGGCGGUUCCGGAAGGAGUGAGAGCACUGGUGCCGCCACUCGCUCUCGAUCCAGUCAAGCUGCCCACAAUCAUCCCGGUGGAUCGCUGCUGUCGGGGCGACCCCUCCUCCCAGCAAGCCCUAGCAGCGCUACACAGCGCACUGCACGAGGAGAUAGAGGCGUUCUGCCUGCAGGUGAUGGGGGAGAUGGUACCCUUACUCCCCCUUCCCCUCUUCCCCACUUCCCCUUCCCCCCCCCAGCUGCCCACAAUCAUCCCGGUGGAUCGCUGCUGUCGCGGCGACCCCUCCUCCCAGCCGGCGCUAGCAGCGCUACACAGCGCACUGCAUGAGGAGAUAGAGGCGUUCUGCCUGCAGGUGAUGGGGGAGAUGCGCGCCCGCAAGCCCUACCAGCUCGCCGCCAUCACCAAAGUUUCGCGCACUCUGCAGGUGCUGUGGCCGCGCUCUCGAGUGUCCAUCUUCGGCUCCAAUGCCACGGGCCUCGCCCUGCCCUCAAGUGACGUUGACAUCCUUGUUCACCUGCCGCCCGUCCGCAACCUGGAGCCCAUAAAGGAGGCGGGUAUACUGGAGGGGCGCAACGGCAUCAAGGAGACGUGUCUGCAGCACGCCGCGCGCCACCUGGCGGACCAGGAUUGGGUGAAGAGCGAUUCGAUCAAGACCAUUGAGAACGCCAUGGUGCCAAUCAUCAUGCUCGUUGCCCGCCUCCCUGCUCACACGUCCCGCCUCUCUGCUGACGUGGCGCCUGCUGUCCUUGCUGACGUGGCUCCUGCUGCCGCUGCUGCUGAUGUGGCUCCGGAUGUCCUCGUCGAUGCCGGCCCUGCUGACUUGGCCGCUGCGGAUGUAGCACUUGCCGAUGUGGCCCUUGAUGUCGUGGCCAUUGCUGACGUGGCUUCUGCUGACGUGGCUCUUGCACACUCGGGAGGCGAGGAGCUGGAUUCUUGUGGCGAUGGGGGUGGGAAGGAGGAGGGGGGGGUGGAGAAGAAGGUGGGGAGAGGAGGGGCAGCAGGGGGGAAUGUCCAGGUGCCUUUCAAGGCGUCUCAGAAGGCGAUAGCAGCAGGGGAGGUGCAGCAGGUGCAGCAGGUGCAGGCGCCGUUAGAGACGGCUCGAAAUACAGCAGGAGCAGUGGGGGGGGAGGUGCAGGUGCAGGUGGUGAGGGGCGGGGCGAGGGGCCCGUGGGGCAACGUGGAUGACAGGCGCAACGUGCGUCUGGACAUCAGCUUCGAAGGCGGCUCACACUCGGGCCUGCGCACUGCUGAACUGGUGCGAGAGCUGACAGCGCAGUUCCCAGCCAUCCCACCGCUCGCCCUGGUGCUCAAGCAGUUCCUCACGGAUCGCAGCCUGGACCAUCCCUACACUGGCGGCCUCUCCUCCUACUGCCUUCUGCUGCUGAUAACGCGCUUCCUGCAAAUCCAGCCGCACAUCGGCCGCCCGCCCCAGUGGCAGAACCUGGGCAGCCUGCUGCUCGACUUCCUGCACUUCUAUGGCUGUGUGUUUGACCCGCGGCGCAUGGCGGCCAGCAUCAGGCUGGGAGGGGCUUUUCUCGAGCGCGACCGCUCUCAGAGCAUCGACCCAUUACACAUAGAGGACCCAUUGGAUCCAACCAACAAUGUCGGCCGCAACUGCUUCCGAAUCCUGCAAUGCACCAAGGUGUGUGGGGCGGUGCACCAAGGUGUGUGGGGCGGUGCACCAAGGUGUGUGGGGCGGUGCACCAAGGUGUGUGCGGCGGUGCACCAAGGUGUGCGGGGCGGUGCACCAAGGUGUGCGGGGCGGUGCACCAAGGUGUGUGGGGCGGUGCACCAAGGUGUGUGGGGCGGUGCACCAAGGUGUGUGGGGCGGUGCACCAAGGUGUGUGGGGCGGUGCACCAAGGUGUGUGGGGCGGUGCACCAAGGUGUGUGGGGCGGUGCACCAAGGUGUGUGGGGCGGUGCACCAAGGUGUGUGGGGCGGUGCACCAAGGUGUGUGGGGCGGUGCACCAAGGUGUGUGGGGCGGUGCACCAAGGUGUGUGGGGCGGUGCACCAAGGUGUGUGGGGCGGUGCACCAAGGUGUGUGGGGCGGUGCACCAAGGUGUGUGGGGCGGUGCACCAAGGUGUGUGGGGCGGUGCACCAAGGUGUGUGGGGCGGUGCACCAAGGUGUGUGGGGCGGUGCACCAAGGUGUGUGGGGCGGUGCACCAAGGCCUUUGCUGAUGAGUACGACACGCUAGAGAGGCAGCUGCCAGACAGACAUGACCUCUGCCACACAACUCACCUCUGCCACCUCCCUCCACCUCCCUCCAACCCCCCCCACCCCCCUCCACCUCCCCCCACCUCUCCCCACCCCCAUCAGGCCUUCGCCGAUGCAUACGACAUGCUCGAGAGGCAGCUGCCAGACAUGACCUCUGCCAUCGCGCAUGGCAGCCCGCCAUGUGGCACACAGCUCUUGGCCAAGAUCCUGCCGAGCAUAGCCCCUCCUGUGACCAAAUAA